AUGGAGAGAUUUAGAGAAAUUAUUUAUCAGGCAGUUGAAAAUGGUCAGAAAAUAUUUUCCAAAAUGUCAUUUAAUCCACCACUUUCACAAGACGUUCAUACAAAGAAUUUAUUACCUCUUCUGGCCAACGGGGAAGCUUACAUUCUUCUACGCCCAAAAACUCAAGUUGCUCUACAACUCGCCAAACGAAAGGUGGUUGGUAAGGGAAGUACGGUAUUAACAACUCAUAGGAUAGUGUUUAUAAAGGACCAGAAUGAAGAUUUUAAAAAGGUUUUUUCAAGCUUAAGUGUACCUUAUUCUCACCUCGAACAUCCCCUUUUCGUACAACCUCUACUACUCACCAAUCACUUCAAAUUCACAGUCUACUCCGCCCAUUUAACCCUACCCCCGGACAUAAUUAACCCCUAAUUAUCACUCAUUUAACUUCUUAUUUACACAUAAUUAUCACCGUUGUAGGAUAGGAAUGGAGCGCAUCCUUUUGAGUCUGAGGGUGUGUUUAAAUUAUUAUUUGUGUCGGGAGGCGCUCAAGUGUUCUUGAAUAUGUUUUAUAAAUUCUAUGCCAGAUACAGGAAUAAUCCAGCGUUAAUGACCUCAAGUAACCCAAUGUCAGACCUCAGAGACGAUAACUGCGCCUUCGUUGAUCCCAGUGAUCCCUCACAUCUAUACUUCACACAACCCGAAACCACUCAAAUUCAUGAUCCCAAUUCUACCAAUCAUACACAAACUAACUCAACCAAUCAGCAACAAACUAAUCAGUCACAAAAUAAUCAAUCGGAAGGUAAUGUAACUGGUCAGACUGAGGAGGGUAAUGCAAGAACGGCUGGAGAACCACAGGGAGAUAGUGGAACAGGGCAUUUAAUGAAUCAAAUAGGCAAAUGCUCAUCAUUAUUCCGUAUCGGACGUUAAUAUAAUUUAAGUUUAAUUGUAAUAUAAUAAUUUAAUGGAA